UGCAGAGGUGGGAUUUCAUUAUUUUUGAGCUGGAGAUGGUUUGGCUGAAAGUUGAAGAUCGUGAAUGAGUUUGGAUUUAAAACCAGGUGGAGUCAUUCAGUCAUCAUGCAGAAAUUUGCCCCACCUUCCUGCUACACCAUGCUGAUGGUGAGUGCCCUGGGGCUGAUCAUCUACAAUGAGUACCUCGAGUUCUACCUCCUCAAGCAGAGCCAGUGGACACGGGCCAGACAGUCCAUCGUGGAUCCGACAGGCAGCACCGCAAAUCCUGCCAGGAUGCAGUCUGGGACCCUUCAUGAUCCUGUUCGGAUUCUGUUUGUGGGUGAUCCCCAGAUUCAGGGCUACCGGGACGAGCCUGCCAUUCUGGGGUACAUCACAAGGUGGGAUGCGGACACGUACUUGCAGAAGUACUUCCAGGAGGCAUUGGGAUACAUCCAACCAGACGUGAUUGUCACAAUGGGUGAUUUAUUAGACGAGGGCAGUAUAUCAACGGAUGUCGAAUUUGAAAUAUAUGCCAAGAGGUUCAAGGAGCUUUUUGCAGUACCUGAAUACAUGAAGUCUGUCGUGAUUCAUCUUUCCGGCGACAAUGACAUUGGUGGUGAAGGGUCAGACCCCCUGACAGAGGCCAAGAUUAAACGAUUUGAAAAACAUUUUGGCCCACUGACAGAAGCUAUUCACUACAAACACAUUACAUUCUUCAAGAUUGAUUUUUUGCCAUAUUUACACGUUGUGGGUAAAGAAAAAGAUCAGAUACUGCAAGCAGAGCUUGAAAAGAUGGCUGAUCAGUCCAAGGAAUCCACCGUGAGAAUAGUCUUGUCACAUAUAGGCAUGUCAAGCACCAUGCUGUACAGACAUAUAGAGGUAUUACGUACUCUGAGACCUCAAUGUGCUUUCAGUGCUCAUUCACAUCGUUCAGGCUUUGUCAAGCACAGUCUGUCCAAGCUGGUGGAGACAUUCAAGGGAGUCUACAAAAUAGAGAAGAGACCCAUCGCUGACCUCACUCCAGAAGAGCAGAGCUUUGUCACAGAGGAGUAUAGAAUUCCAACAUGCAGCUACAGGAUGGGUGUGCCACACAUGGCAUAUGCCGCCGCAGUCAUUGAUCCAGAAGGAGGAGUACACUACGCAUUGCUUGUGCUGCCGUCACGCUACAAACAGCUGUACCGCUAUGCCGUGUUUGGCGUCAUUGUCGGGGUUGCCCUCCUCUGGGCAAAAUUGCAAAAACCAAGGUGGUGGAGAUGAACAGGAAACUGUAGGGUUUGAGACUUGUCCAGGAUUUAUCGAAUGGAUUUGUGAUAUAAUGUGAACAAGUGCAGACUGGUCAAAAUUAAUCAGCUGAGGUAGGAACCAGUUCUGCAGUUGAACUAGAUCUUUAUACUUCUCGCCAACAGCGGUGCGGUUCUUUCUUCAGUGCUACGUCAAAGUGUUGUUUCGUGCCCGACAUCUGAACACUUUUAUGUUGCAAGUCUAUUGUAGAUAUUUCACUGCCUGCCAUUGAGAUCCUUGGCUAAAUUCCAAUGGAUAGUACUUAAAGAUGACACUUAAAAGACAGACCUGAUUGCUCAACCCCAAAUGCAUUCAAAGCAAUGGCCCACCAGUUUCAGGCUUGGAAGAACUGCAUCCCUACCAUUGGCUUUCUGGAAAGACUUGCCGAUGUAGCAGGAGUCAAAUCAUUGAUUUCCGUUCCCAGAAAGGAUAACCAUGCUUCAGCCAUUGGAAAUGUGAACAGUCACUGUACUGGUUCUACAUGUGGAACAGCUAGCCAGAAAGUUGUGCUUACGUGGCAAACUUAACAAUCUCAGGAUAUACCUACUGUAAGAAAGUCGCUCACUCUUGGACGACCGAGCGGUAAUCAGUUAUGUGCCCCCAAACAUUUGGUCCCUUUUCACCAUACACUCCACCCUGAACCAAGUUUGCCAAUAUAAUGUAUCGCUGACCAGAAUACCUCUGACUUUGCUUUUACUGUGCAUUGCUGACAAUUGUGAGUACACCCAUUUAUUCUUUAGUCUUGGUAUUGUAAGAUGAUAGAGUGAUUCUUGUGUCGGUAUCCAAAAUAGAGGAGUCUGGAGUACAGAUUUUAGUUUUAAGGCGCCCGUCCAUUUUGCCCGUCAACACUUGAGCCAAGCAUUGUGUAUCCGUCAAAAUCCCUCCCGGGGUGAACGGCCGAACGCAACGCAUACGUGUGUUAUGUUAAUGGAUCGUUUUUCG